ACAACAAGCCCUGAUCUCCUGUAUUAACAGAAGACAUUUGUAGAAUAUUUGUAAUGUAGAAACAGAAGCAGAUGUCUGUAUACAGAUAUGUCCCCAAACACACAGUUGAAGUUGAAAGUUUUCGUUGGAACUUUGAGCAGUAGUGGGAGGUGUGGUCACAUGGUUCAGGUCAGGCUGCUGUCACAUGGUUUGUGUUUGCAAUGACUUCAGAUCUCUGGACAAACUGGUUAUGCACCCUUAGUAUGAAAGCGUUUCAUGAUUCCUUUGAGAAAUCACAGAAAGGCAUUCCACAGCAAGAGUCAGUAAACUAUGGAAAUACCAGCCAUAAGUCUCAAGGCCAUCGUAUUGGUUCACUGGUUACUGACAGUCUGGGCAUGUUUGACUCCAUGGCUCCCUUACUCUUUUAUUUUGGGGAAUUUGAGUGUUCUUGCACUGGGCGUGUGGGCCAUUGCACAACGUGACUCUAUAGAUGCUGUGGUGAUGUUCCUGAUGGGUUUGGCUGUGACCAUCCUAACUGAUAUUGUCCACAUUGGAGUGUACUACACUCCAUCUGAAAGCUUGUAUGAGAGAACCCUACGGGACGCAUUCCGCUUCAGCGUGGGCAUGGCCAUACUGAGUCUACUGCUCAAACCCGUCUCUUGCUUCUUUGUCUAUCAGAUGUACCGGGAGAGGGGUGGCGACUACAACGUUAACUUCGGUUUUCCAACAGUAUCUAGAAACAGAGAUACGUACCAGUCCAUAGACCAGCAGGAUCAGUCCAGUGCUGCUGCCGGCUCAGUCGCUCAAGUCGAAGAUGGCAAACAUGGACCACGCACCUACUGAGAAUGACCAAAGCAAAGAUUUUUUUUUUUUAUAUUUGGUAACAAUUUUCAAUCAGGUUUCAUAUUUUAACAUGUAGUUUUUAUCAGUAGCCAACAUGAACUGACAACUAAUGAUUCGAUUUUACAGGAUAUAUUCAUCUUUAUUAGUGUUUGUCAACUAAUGUUAAAGCCACAAUCCGCAACUUUUUUUAGUAAAACAUAAACAAACAAACACACAAAAAACAUGUCUGUUAUAAAUUCACAAGAAACGUUUUUUUGAGAGUUUACUCUAAAGUAUCCUGCAAUUUUAUGUUUUGAACACAGAUGGCGACAGAAACACACAAGCUACAGAUUGCAGCUUUAACGGAAACAACUUUAAACUUUUGAAGAAAUAUGGUUAUUGUUAGUUAAUAUUUUGUUGUUCAUGUUAACUAAUUUUAACAAAUCAAACCUUUUUUUAUUCAGAACUGUUGUUUAUGGAGUCAUGUUUAUGGAUAUGUUGGUGUUUGACAGAAUACCUACAACCUUUAUCAGCAUGAAAUGGUCAAAUUACUUUGAGAAUGCGAAAUACCUUUGAACGAUGGUGCAAAAAUGUAUUUAAAAAUAUUUCAAAUUUCUGUAUUUCACGUUGUGACGUUUUGAUCUUCUAUUGGUAUCACGCAUUCACGCGAUUUCGCAGGUCAGAGUUGAACUUUGCUAUGCAACGAAAUGUGAAAUUUCUUCAGUUGGGCUUGCGUUUCUGGUCCGAUGCAUUCACAUAAAUAGAAAUCAAUGGAACAGAAGUCAAGUGUGACCACAGAUUUACUUUACAUUUGCAUCUGCAGAAGAUGUUUAGAUCAAAUACUUAAUAGAAGGCUUCACCUCACGAAAUGUUUUAUAUUACAUCAUAGGUUAUAUUUGUGCAUAUCUUUUAUCAAAGGAAAAUCCCUCACUAGGUUUAUGAAACACAUUAUUCUGUAAUGCUGGGAUGUCCAUGUGCUAGUUUACCAGGACAGUAUGUUUGUACUUAAUUUAUGUUGACAUGAGUGUCACCGGUACUCCAAAGUUGUUUUGUGUGUUUUUUAAAGAUUCUCACUUUUGUUUAACCGUUUGCCACACAAUCCAGUGUGUAUUUAUUCAGAUUAUUUACUAAGCAUGGUGAUGCUCAACUUUGAUGUCUAAAACUGGGAUGUCUGAUGAAAUGUGAUAUAAACCAGAAGUGACAAAAUUAGAUUUUGGAAUGAGAUGAGCCCGUUAGAAGAAAAUAGGUACAGUAUGUAAAUGCUAAGCACUUAAAAUGGAAAACUGUUUCAGACACAUACACAUAUCUGUUUUGUAUGCACUAUGGCACCGUGGUGAGUCACAAACCCAGAAUCUGCUUGAAAACAAUCAGUAUUUUUGCAACUUGGUCAUUAUGCAAAAGUUGCACAUUUUAAAACACAAGUCUGUGUAUAUUCAUUUUUGACAGCCAUAUGUUCAUAUCGUUGCUUAACACUUCAUUGGGAGUCAAGCUCUGUUCAAUAAGCACAAUGUAAACCCAUGCCAAUUGUUUAACCUCCGUACAUGAAAUGAUAUGCUGGAUCAUUGAAUUGUCUUAGUUAUUCAGCAGGUUGUAAUUCAUCCUGUUUGAGGCUAAUCGCUAAGAGAGUCCUAUAAAAAUAAAUGUAUUAUGAAAUGAAGUAGUUCCCCAUCUUUCUUGCAGUUGUUGCAAUGUUGUAGUUUCGUCUGUUUCAGUUAUUCUUCAUGCUUGACGCAACACACAGGUUGCUGCAGUUUGACCACAUUAAACAGAACUAUCAUUCAAGAGAUUUGAUCCCUUUGAGAGACUAAACAUUUCUGCAACGCUUCAAUGCAAUAAUGCACAGAGCAAUAAACACUAUACUCAAAACUCAA